AUGGCCUCUCAAACUCCAGCCGUUGUCAUGGACAACGGUACCGGUUACUCCAAGCUUGGAUUUGCCGGUAACGAUUCGCCCUCCUUCGUCUUCCCAACUGCAAUUGCGACCAAGGCUGGUGCUGGGAGCGCUGGGAGCUCCGCUGGUUCGCGGCCUGCUGUUGCGAACAAGCCAUCUUUCCUGGGUGGUGGCGGCGGUGGCAGCUCCCACUUGUCUGCAAAGCGCGGUACAGAAGAUCUGGACUUCUUCAUUGGUGAUGAGGCUCUGGCAGCGGGUGCCGGCCCUGGCUACGGUGUCAACUACCCCAUCCGCCAUGGUCAGAUUGAGAACUGGGACCAUAUGGAGCGAUUCUGGUCAAACUCGAUUUUCAAAUACCUCCGUGUUGAGCCUGAAGACCACUACUUCCUCCUGACUGAGCCGAACCGUGAAAACACCGCCGAGAUCAUGUUCGAGUCCUUCAACUGCGCUGGUCUUUACAUUGCCGUGCAAGCCGUACUUGCCCUCGCCGCAUCAUGGACGUCCUCCAAGGUCACUGAUCGAUCACUUACCGGUACUGUGAUUGAUUCUGGUGAUGGUGUCACCCACGUUAUCCCGGUAGCCGAGGGCUACGUCAUUGGAUCUUCUAUCAAGAGUAUCCCCAUUGCCGGUCGAGACAUUACAUAUUUCGUACAAAGCUUGUUGCGUGACCGCGGUGAGCCUGACAGCAGCUUGAAGACUGCCGAGAAGGUCAAGGAGGAGUACUGCUACGUCAGCCCGGAUAUUGUGAAGGAGUUUGCGCGCUACGACCGCGAGCCCGAUCGCUUCCUGAAGCACACCGUCACCUCGCCGAAUGGCCGCAGCGUGUCCAUCGACGUUGGCUACGAGCGUUUCCUGGCCCCCGAGAUCUUCUUCAACCCUGAAAUCUACUCGUCCGACUUCCUGACCCCUCUUCCCAACGUUGUCGAUGGUGUUAUCCAGUCCUCCCCCAUUGAUGUGCGACGAGGUCUCUACAAGAACAUUGUGCUGUCCGGUGGCUCCACCUUGUACAAGGACUUUGGCCGUCGUCUACAGCGUGAUAUCCGCCAUCUCGUGGAUGCUCGCAUUCGUGCAUCUGAGGCUCGUAGCGGCGGUGCCCGCAGUGGUGGUCUGGAUGUUGCGGUCGUCACACAUAAGCGCCAGCGCCACGGUCCCUGGUUCGGAGGCAGCCUGCUGGGUCAGACGCCCGAGUUCCGGAGCUACUGCCACACCAAGGCCGAAUACGACGAGAUCGGUCCCAGCAUCGUGCGGAGAUUCGCUCUGCUCGGUGGACCCGGAAGCUCCUAG